AUGAUAACCCGACUCAAACCACCAUCAAAUUCGUGUUUUCUCCGAUUGUUCUCUAGUAGUUGCCACGUGGAUUCAGCAAGCACAAGCUCUUCGCAACCAUCUCAAAAUGAGGUUUUCGAUCGAGAAAUGAAGCGAAAACAGCGAGACUGGGCUGUCAGACAACCAGAUUUCAAGGCCGCACAAUAUCUAAAAGAAGAAAUCGGAUGGAGAGUUGCCGAUAAAGUAUUCGACCUGACUAAAUUCAAUCCGUUAGUACUGGAUAUCGGAUGUGGAAUCGGCCACAUAACGCCUCAUCUGAUUAAAGAGAAUGUCGGCAAAAUUAUCCAGGUGGAUAUGAGCGGUGGAAUGGCACAAUCCAGCGCUUCGUGUGAUGAUUCUGAAGUUGAAGUGGAGCGUCGUACUGUAGAUGAAGAGACCCUUGAAGGAUUCCAAAAGAACCAAUUUGAUCUUCUCUUAACCUCGAUGUCUGCUCACUGGAUUAACCAGUUGCCACAAUGGAUGAGAAAGUGCAACGAAAUUCUGAAGCCAGACUGCCCAUUCAUCGGUUCUAUGCUCGCUGAAGAUACUCUUUAUGAGCUUCGAUGCUCGUUGCAACUGGCAGAACUCGAACGUCUUGGUGGUGUCUCUUCUCAUGUUUCCCCAUUCGUUCGUUCUCAAGACGUCGGUGGCCUCCUUUCUUCUGCUGGUUUCGAUAUGAUUACACUGGAUUCAGAUGAAAUUGAAGUUGGUUAUCCGAACAUUUUUGCGUUGAUGUAUGACCUACAAUUGAUGGCUGAGUCUCAUUGCACUCAUCGGAGGAAUCGAACGAUUCGAAGAGACGUUCUGAUAGCUGCCGAGGCGAUUUAUCAGUCGAUGUAUUCAAAGGAUGGAAAGUAUCCGGCCACAUUCAAAAUCGUGUCUUUCAUCGGAUGGAAGCCAGGCCCGAAUAUGCCGAAAGCAGCGAAACGAGGAUCUCAACAAUUGUCGCUGAAAGACAUUGGAAAGAUUGUAGAGGAUCCGGAGAUGAUGAAAAAGAUGAGCGAACAGGGUGCAGGAAAGGGUGGAGGAAAGAAGAAUCACAAUUAG